CCGUUUGAAAAUCCAAUAACUUGAAUAAGUUCAGCAGAUCUACGGUUCACUAUUAAACAUUAUGUCUUCUUUCUUUUUUAAUCUGAUUAAAGAAAGGAAGCUAAUGUCAUGGUGUCCAUCAGCAACCACAUGCUUGCAAUGCAACCUCACAACGUCCAAUAAACACAAGAAGAAAGAGUAGCUCUCUAUCCAUCCAGUUAAGAUUCUUCACUACACAACAAAUGAUAUUUUGCGGGUCUGGGUCCACCGGACCUUUUUGUCUCUCCGGAUAAAUUUCCUUUUCUUUCGUUUUUAGUGCUCUUCAGUCUUGCUAGUUGCUUUCUGCUAUGUUACAUAUUUUGCUUAUUAGUCUAGAAUUCUUUUAGGUGAAGUGAUGUAUUAGGCUACUUUGUACCUUGUUUGAGUGCGCAACGCAACAAACAUGAGGCUUGCUUAGUUGCCUGCCUGCCUGUACUCCCUUUCCUCUGUAGUGGGAUUUUGAUGCUUUUAAAUUUUCUAGCUUUAAUCGAAUGAAGAGGCCAUUCUGGCUUUUGGGCAUCUCUAUUUUGCAACAAAUAUGGCCUUCUCGUCUUGCUUUUGCCCUUCUCACAUCCACCUCAAGACUGGCUACCCAAGGCGGGUUAUAAGACCCGGGCGUCCUGUUGAGAAAGAUGGUCAAAAGUUCUUCUCUCUCGGAAGUAAUAGCACUGAACUUUCUGGUCGACAAGUGGCAAAACUGGGAGCUGACUUACUUAGUGACUGGAGUUUUAUUGGAGGUUCAAGAAUUGCCAUUCGACCAAAACUUGCAAGAGCUAUUGUCUAUCGAAAACACUCAGGAGUACAUGCAUCAUGGUUGAGCAGUUAUCAACUUGCAAGCACUGCUUUCACUUUGGGAACUGCAGCUGUUCUCCCAUUUUAUACCCUCAUGGUUGUAGCUCCUAAAGCAGAACUGACAAGAAAGUCUAUGGAGAGUAGCAUACCUUACGUUGUGCUCGGGGUUCUGUAUGCAUAUCUACUAUACCUCUCCUGGACGCCUGACACUGUUCGGCUGAUGUUUGCAAGUCAGUAUUGGUUACCAGAGUUGCCUGGUAUUGCUAAGAUGUUCUCAAGUGAGAUGACCUUAGCUUCAGCAUGGAUUCACUUGUUAGCUGUUGAUCUCUUUGCUGCAAGGCAAGUGUUUCAUGAUGGUUUGGAAAACGAAAUCGAGACUCGACAUUCAGUUUCUCUUUGCCUGCUCUUUUGCCCCAUUGGAAUUGUUAGCCAUGUUCUCACUAAAGCUCUAACAAGAAGUGCUGCAAGUACCAGACGUGGCACGUAGUUAUUCAUUGAUUUCCAUCUGGAGGUUGAUAAAAUCAAGUUUACCAUUCCCUUUUUUUUUUUUUUGUUUUGCUGCUGUUUGAGGAAAUCAGGUCCUCUUAUGAGUCUGAAGAGACUUUGGUCGACUUUUAACCAUUUAUUGAUGUUUCUUUGGCAGAACUAGAAUCACAUUCUCCUUAUCAUGACAACUUUUGUUAUUUUU